AUGAUCUUCAGGGGAGCAGCUGAGAGAAGAAAGGUUGGACUUGUCAUUGUUUUUCUUAGAGUUUUCCAGGCAUAUUCUCAUAGCAGCAGCACAUUUGUACUUCUGCCUGUAAUUGUAUUCUACAGUCGAAUUGCAUUGGCUGAUCCCUCCAACAGAAUGUUAAACAGUCAUGUAGAUCUGGUCCCUGACCUUCAUGGGAAUGCCUCUGGUGCUUCCUUAUUAGGUUCAUGGCUGCUUCCUAAUCCCGGAGCCCAGAGGAAGCAUCCCUGGAACCGUGGGGGUGUGAGCCAGGCAAGCUGA